AUGACCCACUGGCCCGGGAAUAACGGCUACUCAGGCCAGCCUGAGGAGCCGCAUUUGCAAAGUCACGAUAACGGUCCAGGUCGCCCUUCUGCGAGCGGCGGCUACCCAACUUUACAGCCACACUCACAGGUUUCUACAAGCAGCGCGUUUCAGCAGGCAGUUGCUGACCGCUUGCAUCAUAAUUAUUCCAACCUAGCGCAGACCGGCCCCCAGGGACUACCUCUUUUCCAAACCUCGCUCAAUGCGGCCUCUUUCAACCCGAGUACGAGUCAAGCAGCUUUUGCCUAUGGCUCUCAUAAUUCACAGCAUGCAGCCUCUGGUAGCCAGCACCAGCAUGAGGCUUUCAAUAUGGGGUCGGCGCCCAACGCGGAUGCAUACCCCAACUAUCACACUUCGCGCCUGCAGGAUUUCGCAGGCGACAGCUACCCAAUCCUGUCGCAGUUGGAGCCAAGCCAGCCUGGCAUUGCAGUGCCUCAGACUAUCCAAUCGCAAGAUCCCGCGGGUGGCAGCUACCCAACUUUGGGGUCAUACUUACAGAUUCCUACAGGCAGUGCAUCUCAUCAGGCGGCUGGUAACCGCUUGGAUCACGAUUCUUUUGCGCAGAACGCCCCUCGGGAACUACCUCUUUUCCCAUCCUCUCUUGAUCCGACUUCCUUUGACCGGAGUACGGGUCAAGCAGGUUCUGCCUAUGACUCUCGUAAUCCACAGCAUGCAAUUGGCAUCCAGGACCAACAUGGGGCUUUCGAUAUCGGGUCAGUGCCCAAUCAUGAUGCAAUUGCAUACCCUGACUAUCAUACUUCGCACAGCCAGGAUACCCAUGAUGGGUUCGUACCCCAGAACAUCCCUCAGGGACUAGCUCACUUCCCAACCGACCUUAAUCCGACCCGUUUUGAACCAAGCAUGAGUCAAGAUCAAUCAAGCUCAUCAGCUUUGGGCGCGUACUGCCUGAAUGACCCCGAUUCCCUCUAUUCUGAAGACUAUAUUGCAACGUUGGGCCAGAAAAGGCCAUCGUACAGGAAGAUCUCUCAUCCAUACAAAGGAGUGCCUUUCGUCAGAUCUGACACACCUCCUCCCUCAGCACUAUCGCAGUCCACUCGAAAGACCUCAACGUUGCAGGUCGAAUCUGCUGUAAUUGAUCGUGUGAAGGAGGACGCCUCAAGAUUCCUGAACUUGUCUCUGUUUCAGUCAUCCCUUUAUCCGUCCUUAACUGAGGUCGACAAGUUCGCCACUGCAGCGCUCAACCGUGCGAUCGGCGAGCACCCAAAGAAUGUCGCCGAACUCAAGGCAUGGAAGUUAAGGCCCGAAGGCCAAAAGUUUCUUUCAAGGCUAAAAGGGAACGUCAGAAAGCUUCACAAGGACUGCUCCCAGGGUUGUGCUCGGGGGUUGGUCACCGGGACGUAUGAUCUAUCCCUUCAACUUUUAUUCGCAAACACGAACGAGAUUGCGCCAUCGCGCAGCAGACAUGCAUUGGCAUUGCUGUCGAAUAAUGAUUAUCUUGACAUUGUAGUUCAGCGAGUCAUGAGCGAUGGGCAACUCAAGUCGUUUCGCGUCCCGAUGUCGAUGCUACUUAUCCUCGACAAACCUAACUGGGCGCUUGGCCUUAGGAAUACUAUCUUGCUGGCCGCAACAAUCUGCAAAUGGAAAAUAUGGGAAUGCUCGAAGAACGGCUGGUUCCAAAUUACCGAUUUUCACACUUCGGAAAAUGAGGCGUCCUAUACGGAAUUGAAAGGGCGGAUGUCAUCAUUGCUGGGCAGUGAGCUGGAGGAGUUUUAUGGACUCUUAAGCUGCCUUUGUGAUCUCUUGCUAACGCUCCCGGUCUGCUAG